AUGGCGUACUGCAGAACUUUUAAGUCCCAGGUAUCGUGGACCAAAUUGGUAUCCGGUGAGAUCCAGCAGAGAUGCUUCCAUUCAUCUCCAGCCGUAUUUGGCGCAAGCAAAGUAGCCAUGAGCAAGUUGGACACCAAGCCUCUGCCAUACGACACCCUAGAGAAACGCAUCAAAAUCGUGGCCGAUAGAUUAGGAAAGCCAUUGUCUUUGGCAGAAAAAGUACUUUACUCUCACUUAGAUGAUCCAGUUAAUCAAGACAUCGAACGUGGUGUCUCUUACUUAAAGUUAAGGCCUGAUCGUGUAGCAAUGCAGGAUGCUACAGCUCAAAUGGCCAUGUUGCAAUUUAUAUCAUCAGGUUUGCCGAAGGUUGCUGUUCCUUCCACAAUUCAUUGUGAUCAUUUAAUUGAAGCUCAAACAGGUGGAGUUGAAGACUUGAAAAGGGCUAAAGAUAUGAAUGAAGAAGUUUACAGUUUUUUGAAAUCAGCUGGAGCAAAAUAUGGAGUUGGAUUUUGGCACCCCGGUUCCGGAAUUAUUCAUCAAAUUAUUCUGGAAAACUAUGCAUUUCCUGGAUUAUUGAUGAUUGGUACUGACUCACAUACACCUAAUGGUGGUGGACUUGGUGGUUUAUGUAUUGGAGUUGGAGGUGCAGACGCUGUUGACGUGAUGGCUGAUAUUCCGUGGGAGUUAAAAUGUCCUAAAGUUAUUGGCGUUCAUUUAACGGGUAAGAUGACCGGUUGGACUACACCAAAGGAUGUCAUCCUUAAAGUUGCAGAUAUUUUGACUGUCAAAGGUGGUACUGGUGCUAUAAUUGAAUAUCACGGACCUGGAGUAGAUAAUAUUUCAUGCACAGGCAUGGGUACGAUCUGUAAUAUGGGUGCAGAAAUUGGAGCUACUACUUCUCUGUUCCCUUUUAAUCAUCGAAUGGCGGAUUAUUUAAAAGCGACAUCACGUGCUGAUAUUGCUGAAGAAGCUGCCAAGUACAGCAAGUCAUUAUUGACUCCUGACAAAGGCAGUCAUUAUGACCAGUUAAUUGAACUUGAUUUAACAACACUGGAACCUCAUGUCAAUGGACCCUUUACACCUGAUCUCGCCCAUCCAAUUUCAAAACUUGGAAAAAAUGCUAAGAAAAAUAAUUGGCCUGUGGAAAUCAAAGUUGGUCUUAUUGGAAGCUGCACCAACUCAAGUUAUGAAGAUAUGUCAAGAUGUGCUACUAUUGCAAAAGAAGCCUUAGCUCAUGGUCGUAAAUCAAAAAUUCCAUUUAAUGUUACUCCUGGAUCUGAACAAAUUAGGGCAACAAUUGAAAGAGAUGGAAUUGCACAAACUUUGAGAGAAUUUGGAGGAACUGUACUAGCUAAUGCGUGCGGUCCAUGUAUUGGUCAAUGGGACCGUAAAGAUGUCAAAAAGGGUGAAAAGAACACUAUUGUCAGUUCAUAUAACAGAAACUUUACUGGACGUAAUGAUGCCAAUGCAGCAACUCAUGCUUUUGUCACCUCUCCAGAGUUAGUUACUGCUUUAGCUAUUGAAGCUCGUUUGGACUUUGAUCCUACAGUUGAUUCAAUUAAGGGAGCUGAUGGUAAAGAAUUUAAAUUGAGUAAUCCAUUUGGUGAUGAAUUACCUGCAAGAGGAUUUGAUCCCGGUCAAGAUACUUACCAGGCUCCACCUGCUGAUGGUUCAGCUGUGAGCGUGGUAGUAGACCCAAAAUCCAAUCGACUCCAAUUAUUGGAACCAUUCAAAGUUUGGGAUGGAAAAGAUUUGGAAGGCCUUACUAUACUCAUUAAAGUGAAAGGAAAAUGUACAACUGAUCACAUUUCUGCAGCUGGUCCAUGGUUGAAAUACCGAGGUCACUUGGAAAAUAUAUCAAAUAACAUGUUAUUAACUGCAACGAAUGCAGAGAAUAAUGAAAUGAAUAAAGUAAAGAACCAAGAUACUGGAGAAUGGGGCGCGGUACCAGAUACUGCCAGGGCAUACAAAGCCAAAGGUAUAUCGUGGGUAGUGUUUGGUGAUGAAAACUACGGUGAGGGAAGUAGCAGAGAACAUGCCGCAUUAGAACCUCGUCAUUUGGGUGGACGUGCAAUCAUUGUCAAGUCAUUUGCCCGUAUUCACGAAACUAAUUUGAAAAAACAAGGAGUAUUAGCCCUGACAUUUUCCGAUGCUAAGGAUUAUGAUAAAGUUCAACCGUCUGAUAAAGUGUCUUUGGUAGGACUUAAUCAAUUCACCCCUGGCAAGCCUUUGAAAUGCAUAUUGUCCCACGCUGAUGGAAGCUCUGAUGAGAUAUUCCUGAAUCACACAUUCAACGAGCAACAAAUCCAAUGGUUUAAAUCUGGUAGUGCAUUAAACCGAAUGAAGCAAGUAGCUGCUGCUUCUAAAUAA